AAGUAAAAGUUGAAGGUGAAAUGUAACGGAAAUAUAAAAUCUAACAGAAAAUGGAAAAGCUUGGUGAUAAUGUACCUAAUAAUGAAAAUUCCUCGGAUGAUUUCAUUCCUACCAACAGUUCAAGUGAAGUGGACUCUACGGCAGAAGUGGAAAUAGACGACGUCAAGAACUGUUUUGACUGUAAAAGGACGUUUAAAUCUUGUACCUGCAAAUCUUGUGCCAAAUGUGGAGCUGUCUUUCUUAGAUAUUGGGGGACACCUAUUGUUAAAGGAAGAUCCCAUUGUCGUAUCUGUGGUGCUGCAGUUUGUAUAACAUGUCAUGUGUUGAUUUAUGACACCUUCAAGAUAUGCACUCGAUGUCACAUUAAACUAAAGGAAGAAGAACUUAGUACUCAAAUGGCGUUGUCAGCCAUUGCUAAAGGCAAUAGCAAUGAUUAUUUUACAAUAAACACCUUUGGUAUCACUGAUACAAAUCUGAACAACAAAGAAAAAAGAAAUGAAAUCUUGAUUAAUGCAUCAAAGAAAGGUGACCAUCAUGUCCUGUCGACACUAAUAAGUACUGGAGCUGAUGUGAAUUAUGUGGAUAACCAUGGCAACACGUCAUUGUUCUAUGCAGCAUCUCGAGCAUAUCUACCGUGUGUGGCAUUGCUUAUUGAGAAAGGAGCCGACUGUACACUUACAAAUAAGCACGGUUGGACGCCUUUACAUUUCCUGGCAUUGUCCAAUGGGAAAGAUGAGAGUGUUCUUGAAUGUGCUGAUCUUUUGAUUCAGAUGGGAACUCAAGUAUUUGCUCUGACAGAACAUGGCGAGACUGCUGGUGAUAUUGCUGAACAAAAUGAAGAAAACAGAUUGUUGUUGAAAAUCCUUCGUGCUGCUGAGGUUGAAGAAGCUGUUCAAGUACUCUCAUCAAAAACAACUCUGGCAGAUCUUGGUAAAGAUCUUAAGAUUUGGAAAUAUUUAAAAACGUUACUAAAUGUCGUCACAGCUGUUCAAGGGAGUCGAAAAGAUGAUAGUGCAAUUACAUCAAAAUCAACUGAAGACCUGCAUUCAAAUCCUACAAUUCUGGCGCAGAAAACAAAGUCAUUUGCCAGAAUUUUCUCCUAUUCAAAACCGUCACAAGAAGUUUGUAAGAUGUGUAGUACGUCUAAACGAGAUCCUCUGGAACCUGUCAUUAACAAUCAUCAUAUAAUGGAGUCUUCCAAUACGAUUAAAGAUGAACUCGAGAAAUGUCAGAAAGAAAGAGAUGAACUUGAGAUUCAGUGUAAAAAACUAAUGAAGUCCAUCGGUACGGCAGUUCAUGAAAGAGAGAAACAAAAAGAAAAGAUAGUUUGCCUUGAAACAAAGUUAAACAACUUUUUGAAAGAAAAGGAGAUGGCCAUACAGCGUUGUGAAGCAAUGUUUGAAAAUAAACUGACCAAAAUCAAACACGAAGCAGAGUUUGACAGAAACGAGUCAAAUAAACGAAUUAAGAAACUUGAAGAAGAUUACGAAGAUCUUUAUCAUCUUCAAUCUGUUUAUAAACUUACAUGGAUACCCGACAAAAUAGUAUCCCUAUGUAUGAAUUCUAAAUGUAGAGCUCCAUUUACAAAGACAAGAAGACGCCAUCAUUGUCGAUGUUGCGGACGAAUAUUCUGUACAAAUUGCGCAUCACAACUGCUGCCGAUUGAAGCAUUAGGUUAUGUUAACCCAGUUCGUAUUUGUAAUCAAUGCUUUGCGUUACUUGACGAGACUUUUGUCGAGGUAAAUUAUCCCGAUGACGUAAUGAUUAAUUAAACAGAAAUCGACCUAUAUUUUUAUCGUAAAUGUAAUUAAUGUAUAACCUAAAAAAAUUGCUACAAAAAAAGAAAUAUUAUAUAUAGACUUUGCUUUAUAAUGCUACACCAACAGUUUUAUUUCUGAUGGUAUUUUGUUAGAAAAGUUUUACAAUUAUACCAUACUUACCAAG